AUGCAGAAGAGAGACCAGGGAAAGAGCGGUGGAGGUUCCGGCGGCUCCGCCGGACCGGUGGCGAAGAGGGGCCGUCCUUUUGGCAGCGGAAGCGCCAAUUCCGCGGCAUCUGGCUCAGCUGAUUCUGCAGCUCCCUAUGCUCUCCUCGGCCCUUCCUUACAAGUUCCUUCCGCCUUCGCCGAACAGAAUAACAAGCGGAUAGUUCUUGCUCUUCAGAGCGGAUUAAAGAGUGAGCUGACAUGGGCAUUGAACACACUAACAUUGCUGUCUUUCAAAGAAAAGGACGAAGUCCGUAAAGAUGCUACUCCUCUGGCCAAGAUUCCUGGUCUGCUUGAUGCUUUACUGCAAGUUAUAGAUGAUUGGCGCGAUAUAUCCCUACCGAGGGUGCUGGUGAAAACACCAAGAGCUAGAAUGCUUGGUGCAGAUUCUGCUGUUACUGGUUUUGGGCAUGAGUACGACGCCUUGACCAAGAAUGAUGCUGCUCCUGGUACUGGAGCUACGGUGAGCAGUAAGGAGUCUUCCAUGCAGAACAAUACUGCCAAGGCAAGGCCAUCUGACUGGUGGUUUGAGGAUGAUGGCUUGUUUAAUAUGGAUGAGGAAGGGAGGGCUGAAAAGCAGCUCUGUGCUGUUGCUGCGUCAAAUAUAAUCCGCAACUUCUCUUUCAUGCCAGAGAAUGAAAUGAUAAUGGCCCUGCAUCGUCAUUGUUUGGAGACAUUGUUUCAGUGUAUGGAGGAUUAUGUAACAGAGGACGAGGAGCUUGUAACAAACACUCUGGAGACAGUUGUAAAUUUGGCUCAUCUACUGGAUCUUCGGAUAUUUAGCUCAUCGAAAACAUCUUUUAUCAAAAUAACGGAAAAACGGGCUGUCCAGGCGAUCAUGGCAGUGCUGGGAUCUGCUGUUAAAGCCUGGCAUUGUGCUGCUGCAGAAUUACUUGGACGCUUGAUCAUAAAUCCUGAUAAUGAGCCUUUUAUUCUUCCUUUUGCCCCACAGAUUUACAAGAGACUGGUGGAUAUAAUGACCCAGCCGGAUCCUAAUGCCCAAGCAGCUGCGGUGGGUGCACUGUACAAUUUUGCCGAAGUCAAUAUGGACUGCAGGUUGAAGCUGGGAAGUGAGCGAUGGGCAAUUGACCGGCUACUGAAAGUGAUUAAAGCGCCACAUCCUGUGCCAGAAGUUUGUCGAAAAGCUGCAAUGAUUUUGGAAAACCUCGUGUCAGAGCCACAAAACAAGCCUUUGCUGCUGGCGUAUGAAAAUGCAUUCGCUGAGAUGCUUUUCUCAGAUGGACGGUACUCUGAUACAUUUGCCCGGAUUUUGUAUGAAUUGACUUCCCGACCAAACAAGAUGGCAGCAACUCGUUGUAUUUGGGGAAUCUCAUUAAAGUCUAGCUGCACAUUAAAGUUCUUCGCCAUUGUGUCUUCUUUCUGCUUUUCUGCCUUUCAGCCCUUUAUUGAGCUUUGCAAAAUGGUGGAUGGUAGAAUGAGGAAUAUGGAUUCCUCUGAAACUCAUGUACAAGUUUCAGAUAAUAAUAAUGGGAAGACUAAUGGUCUUCCUAACUUCUUGCUAUCUGUUAGACUCAAGUAUGUGAAGCUUGGUUACCAUUACUUGAUCUCCAAUUCAAUGUACUUGUUGUUAAUUCCUCUGUUAGGGGUUGUUUCGGUUCAUCUUUCGACGAUUGCAGUCGAAGAUGUGGUCCUGUUGUGGGAUCAGUUGAGAUUCAAUCUUGUUUCAGUGAUCCUGUGUUCUUCACUUAUGGUGGUACUAGGUACUAUUUAUUUCAUGACUAGACCUAGGAAAGUUUACUUAGUUGAUUUUGCUUGUUACAAACCCGGAGAUGAGCUCUUGGCAUCCAGCGAAUUCUUCAUGGCGAAAACCACACAGUAUGGUUCUUUCACUGAAGAAAACUUGGGGUUCAUGAAGAGGAUUUUGGAGAGAUCAGGGCUGGGACAGCGGACUUACUUCCCUCACACAUUCUUCGAGAACCCGCCAAACCCGAAAAUGGCUGAUGCCAGAAAAGAAGCUGAGGUGGUCAUGUUCGGCGCAAUCGAUCAGUUGUUUGCGAAAACCGGUGUUAAGGCCAAGGAAAUUGGGAUCCUUGUGGUGAAUUGCAGCUUGUUUUGCCCAACUCCAUCUCUUUCUGCUAUGGUCAUUAAUCAUUACAAGCUUAGAGGUAACAUUUUGAGCUACAAUCUUGGUGGUAUGGGAUGCAGCGCUGGAGUUAUCUCAAUUGAUCUUGCAAGACAACUUCUUCAGAUGCAGCCAGGAUCAUAUGCUCUUGUAGUGAGCAUGGAAAAUCUGAGCUUGAGUGGAUACUCUGGCAAUAACCGGCCAAUGUUGGUCACGAAUUGCAUUUUUCGCCUUGGAGGGGCGGCGAUUUUGCUAUCGAACAAGUCGUGUUACCGGCGCAGCGCCAAGUAUCAGCUCAUUCACACCGUGAGAAUCCACAAAGGCGCGGAUGACAAGAGUUACAACUGUGUUUACCAACAGGAAGACGAGAAAGGUAACAAAGGCGUCGCCUUGUCGAAAGAUCUCAUGGCGGUAGCUGGCGAGGCGUUGAAGACGAACAUAACGGCCCUCGGCCCGUUAGUCCUUCCAAUGUCGGAACAGAUCCUGUUUUUGGUCACCUUGAUCGCGCGGAAGCUUUUCAACAAGAAGAUCAAGCCUUAUAUCCCCGAUUUCAAGCUCGCGUUCGAGCAUUUUUGCAUCCAUGCUGGAGGAAGAGCUGUGUUGGAUGAACUGGAAAAGAACCUUGACUUGAGUGAGUGGCAUAUGGAGCCAUCAAGAAUGACACUUUAUAGAUUUGGAAACACUUCUAGCAGUUCAUUGUGGUAUGAACUGGCUUACAUUGAAGCUAAAGGAAGGGUUAAGAAAGGUGAUAGAACAUGGCAGAUCGCAUUCGGGUCGGGUUUCAAAUGUAACAGUGCGGUUUGGAAGGCAUUGAGGACUAUUGAUCCAGCUAAAGAGAAGAAUCCGUGGAGUGAUGAAAUUGAUGAAUUCCCAGUUGAAGUUCCUCAAAUAAAGCGUAAUAGUCUCCGCCCCCGGGUUCGACUUUUUGAAAAUGAAAACCAGCAAAAUAAGAAUUGUACUGCUUUAUGUUCCAAACGUUCUCUCAAAUAUAUGAAACUUGGUUACCAUUAUCUGAUAUUUCACGUAAUGUAUCUGACAUCAAUUCCCCUGUUCCUGGUUCUGUUUGUUCAUUUUUCCAUGUUUUGGAUCGACGAAUUGAUCCUACUAUGGGAUGAUUUCAGGUUUGGAUUUGUUGCUGUACUUCCUUCCCAUUCUGUCUUUAUGAUUUUCCUAGGUAAAGUUAAUUAUAUGUCCAAACCUAGGAGAGUUUACUUAGUAGAUUUUGCAUGUUACAAGCCUGGACCUCAACUAAUGUGCUUCAAACAACUUGACAGAUCCGGGGUUCGAAACUUUGGAGUUUUUAAGGAAGAAAAUCUGGCUUUCAUGGCUAGGAUACUGGAGAGGUCCGGGAUAGGGGAGAAGACAUACUUCCCGGAGCCGUUUUUCGGGAAAUCACCAAAUCCCACCAUGGCUGAUGCAAGGAAAGAGGCUGAAAUGGUGAUCUUUGGUUGUGUAGAUCAACUCUUGGCUAAGACUGGUGUGAAGGUUAAUGAUAUUGGCAUUCUUGUGGUGAAUUGUGGUGUUUUUUGUCCAACUCCUUCUCUUUCUUCCAUGAUUGUUAACCAUUACAAGCUUAGGAGCAAUGUCUUGAGCUACAAUAUUGGUGGUAUGGGUUGUAGUGCUGGUAUUAUCUCCAUUGAUCUUGCUAAGCAUCAUCUUCAGGUGUAUAGAAACUCAUAUGCCCUAGUGGUGAGCCUGGAAAACUUGUCGCUCAAUGCUUAUAGAGGUAACAACCCUUCCAUGUUGGUGGCAAACUGCCUUUUCCGGGUCGGAGGGGCGGCGAUUUUACUAUCGAACAAGCAUUCCGAUCGCUUCCGGUCAAAAUAUCACCUGACACAUGUGGUCCGGACCCACAACGGUGCCGAUGACAAGAGUUAUGGAGUUGCAGUUCAACAAGAAGAUGAUGAUGGACUCGUAGGAAUGGCUUUGUCUAAAGACCUAAUGUCCAUAGCCGCACAAGGGUUAAAGCUAAACAUCACUACACUUGCACCAUUGAUUCUUCCCAUGUCGGAACAAAUCUUGUUCUUUAUAACCUUAGUGGCUAGGAAAGUAUUCAAGAUGAAAAUUAAGCCACACAUUCCUGAUUUUAAACGUGCAUUGGAGCAUUUUUGCAUUCAUGCAGGUGGAAGAGCUGUGUUGGAUGAAGUUGAGAAAGCCCUAAAUCUUACUCCAGUGCAAAUGGAGCCUUCUCGGAUGACUCUUUAUCGGUUCGGUAACACGUCGACGAGUUCGAUAUGGUACGAACUAGCUUAUAUGGAAGCUAAAGGGAGGAUGAAGAAGGGUGAUCGAGCUUGGCAAAUCUCAUUUGGUGCUGGAUUCAAAUGUAAUAGUGCUGUUUGGCGUGCUUUGAAGACUAUUGAUCCUUCUCAAGAGAAGAUUAACCCUUGGAUCGAUGAAGUCGACGACUUCCCCGUCGACGUGCCCAAGAUUCAACCGUUGGAUAUUACUAGCUGA